CCUCCGAACAACCGGAUCGGCUCGAGCUUGCUGCCCGUCUCGUCCUCUGCCGGCACGAGCGCCGAGAUGCGCGAUGGGUCAAGCGUGCGGACACGCGCUGCUCUGCCGUAGUCAGCAGCACCAGCCGGGAUCUGACAUACGAGGGCAGCAAGUCUUCCUGAGAGCUGACGAGCCGCCUACAUCCCCAUACACCUUUCAGGAUGCAUUGCUACGGCUGGCCUCCAUCGUCGAUGCCAGCAGCCUACGGGCGGCAUUUAAGGAGACCCUGGUGGCGGUGCUGCCCAAAGCGGAGUGUGUGUACGUGUAUCUGCUGGAGGUGGAGUCUCUGCGAUGUGAAGAACCGCCCCAUGAUCUUCAACCACAGGGCAAGCUCAGGGAGGUUUUGGAGCAGAAGAAGAGGGUGGUGUGUGCCGGCCUGCCAUCUACAGAACUGCACGAAAAACAGAGGAGUAACCUCGCAGCGCCCCUUCCACCCGACAAAGCAGUUGUGAUCGUUCCUUUGGUCGAUGAAGAUGAAGACAAGGUCUUGUCUCUAGUGAUGGUCUGCUGCAAAACUCUCACACAGCAGGACGAGCAGAACCUCAGUCUCCUGGAGAAACAUCUCAUCGUAGCCUGUAAAAGAGUUCAGACCAUACAGAGGAGCUCCGUGGGGCCUGCAACUCAAUCCCAGAAUGCAUCUCAUGAUACCAGCACCAGAGAGAUGAAGGAGAAAGACUACAGGGAGCUGGACCGCAAGAUUCUGCAGCUCUGUGGUGAACUCUACGAUUUGGACGCAGCAUCACUUCAGCUCAAAGUCAUCAACUAUUUGCAGAAGGAAACUCAGUCUCAGUGCUGCUGUCUGCUGCUGGUUUCUGAAGAUAAUCAUAAACUCUUCUGUCAGGUGGUUGGAGAUAAAGUUCUGGAGGAGGAGCUCAGCUUCCCUCUCAUUUUCGGCCGUUUCGGUCAGGUAGUGGAGAAGAAAAAAUCCAUCACACUACAGGAUGUGAGCCAGGAGGAAAGUAGGCAGUUGAGCAGUAUGUUGGGGUUCGAAGCGAACUCCAUGCUGUGUGUCCCCGUGGUCAGCCAGGCCACUGCCCAGGUGGUGGCGCUGGCGUGUACCUUCAACAAGAAAGGAGGACAGAAGUACUCGGCAGCAGAUGAACACAUGAUUCAGCACUGUUUCUGUUACACCUCUACAGUGCUCACCAGCACCCUCGCCUUCCAGAAAGAACAGAAACUCAAGUUCGAGUGUCAGGCUCUGCUUCAGGUGGCUAAAAAUCUGUUCACCCACCUCGAUGAUGUAUCAGUUUUACUGCAGGAGAUCAUCGUGGAGGCCAGAAACCUGAGCAACGCUGAGAUUUGUUCGGUGUUUCUGUUGGACCGUAUGAGCCAUGAACUGGUGGCUAAAGUGUUUGAUGGAGGAGUGGUGAAUGAUGACGAGAAGGAGUUCCGCAUCCCAGCGGAUCAGGGAAUCGCCGGGCACGUCGCCACCACGGGCAAGAUCCUCAACAUUAAGGAUGCGUACUCACACCCGCUGUUCUACCGCGGUGUGGAUGACAGUACGGGGUUUCGAACCCGCAACAUCCUCUGUUUCCCCAUCAAGGAUGAAAACGGAGAUGUGAUCGGGGUUGCCGAGCUGGUGAAUAAGACUAACGGGCCAUGGUUCAACAGAUUUGAUGAGGAUCUGGCAACCGCUUUCUCCAUCUACUGCGGGAUCAGCAUCGCCCAUUCCCUGCUGUAUAAGAAGGUGCACGAGGCUCAGUUCCGCAGUCACCUGGCCAACGAGAUGAUGAUGUACCACAUGAAAGUCUCGGAGGAAGAAGGGACCCGACUGCUGGUGCGCGGCAUCGAACCCGUACAGGCCCUGCACCCCGACUUCUCCCAGUUCACCUACACGCCCCGCUCUCUACCCGACGACACCACGCCCAUGGGUAUACUGAGCAUGUUCGAGGACAUGGGAUUUAUAAACACCUAUAAGAUCGACCUGCACACUCUGGCCAGGUUCUGUUUGAUGGUGAAGAAAGGUUACAGGGAUCCUCCGUACCAUAACUGGAUGCACGCGUUCUCUGUUUCACACUUCUGUUACCUGCUCUACAAGAACCUGGAACUCAGCAACUACCUCGAGGAUAUCGAGAUCCUCGCUCUUUUCGUGUCCUGUAUGUGCCAUGAUCUGGACCACCGAGGAACCAACAACUCCUUCCAGGUGGCCUCGAAAUCUGUUUUGGCGGCUCUGUACAGCUCAGAGGGAUCAGUGAUGGAGCGGCAUCACUUUGCUCAGGCCAUCGCCAUCCUAAACACACGGGGCUGCAACAUCUUCGAAAAGUUCUCCAGAAAGGACUAUCAGAGAAUGCUGGACCUGAUGAGGGAAAUUAUUUUGGCUACUGAUCUCGCCCAUCAUCUCCGCAUCUUCAAAGAUCUGCAGAAGAUGGCAGAAGCUGGGUACAAUCCCAAAAGCCAGACGCACCACAGCCUGCUCCUGUGCCUGCUGAUGACCUCCUGUGACCUUUCAGAUCAGACCAAGGGCUGGAAGACCACCAGAAAAAUCGCUGAGCUGAUCUACAAAGAGUUCUUCUCACAGGGGGAUCUGGAGAAGGCGAUGGGGAACAGACCCAGUGAGAUGAUGGACAGAGAGAAGGCGUACAUCCCUGAACUACAGAUCAGCUUUAUGGAGCACAUCGCCAUGCCCAUCUACAAGCUGCUGCAGGAGAUUUUCCCGCGCUCGACGGAGCUGUACGAGCGCGUGGCCGCCAACCGUGAGCAGUGGACCAAAGUUUCGCACAAGUUCACCAUCCGCGGGUUGCCUAGUAACAACUCGCUGGACUUCCUGGACGAGGAGUACGAGCUGAUGCAGGCGCAGGGCGCGUUCGGGGACGACGCCCACAGUAUGAACGGCUGCGCCGAGGAGAAGUGCUGCGGGAGAGACCAGUGAUGCCCGCUCCAACCCGGAAAGGAAAGGUCCGAGUUUCACUUUCUGGCCAUCGCAGAGGAGACCGACACUGGAGUUGAGCCAAGCUGAUAUGCUGCAGACAAAUGAUGUCAUUUCCUGCCAUCCGAACCAUUCGCGUCGUAGGGAGAGCGCCUUCGAGUGGCCGGCGCCGCCCCCGCGCUUCUGAAUGUUGUUUAUUAUUCACGCUCAGAACAAAACCUCGUCUCAUGUUUUACCUUCUGUCCUGCUGGAGGCGUUACAGAUCACGCCGAUACGUCUAUAAAUAUUUAGAGAAUUUUAUUUAUUUAUUGCAAGCUAGCGAGACGCAGGAUGAGCAACCGUGCUGACUUUUAUUUGAACGAUUAAGACAAUCAAGUCACUGGACCCGAAGUCAAUUCCGUUUUCUUAUUUUUUGGAGCAACAGUCUGUUAAUCUAGCAGCCGUGCGGGUGCUGCUGAGCUGUCUGUAGGGUUUCUGAUGAGUAAGAUCAAAGCACUGAGCUCCAAUCCGAAUCCUGAUCGACAGCGAAUCAGGAUAAUUCAUCAGAUUCACGUUUAGCUCCUGUACACAGAUUCUUCUACAGUUCUAAAAUCCCUCAGACAUCUUUUGAGAGCUCCUUGGAAAAAGAAAGUGGUGCUUGGACCCUGAUGAUUUAUGGCUGGCAGCUAAAUAAAAUGCAUUUCUUUUUUUACUGACCCCCCCGUCAACCCCCCAGGCUAGGCUAACACCAUCGGAUUCAUCCCAGUUGAAUCGUUUUCAUCAUGACCGACCCAAAGACUGAACUCGUCUCUGGAGUUUGCGGAUCAGACGCUACUCUUGAGGGCGCGGUUCUGACUCUGUGUAAAUAACGUAACGCUCCUGAGGAAUUCUAAGGGCUACGGGGCCGCUCGUGGCGGCACGUGAAGAGGUUUCCUUCUCAGGCGGCAGAAUUCUGUAUGAACAUGGAUUUGCCUUACAACGUCUGUUUUGCCUUGGUAGUAAAGACGAGAGUUUUACACUGUAUUAUUAUUAAUAUUAAUAUAUAUUUAGAUAUUGUACAGAUCUGAAGCUGUGUGGAUUUAUCUGCAGUGUUUAACGUGGUAUCACAGGUGAGGGAGUAAAAAUCAGAGAUCAGAAACAGUUCAUGAGCUACGUCCACUAAACUCAUCCGGAGUUUCAGCUUUUCUUCACAUUCGGUUCCAUUUCAGUAUCAUUAACAAAACAAAACAGCAGCUCCUGGUGGUGCAUCCUGGUCUUCUUCAUGAUCUUGGUAAAAACAGGACCGGUCGGACCAGUAAACCUUCCUCCACUGCUGUCAUGUCCAGUUCUGAUACCUGUGUGCCCAGGGUUUGACACAGCAUGUGUUGGGACACGUUCACCUCAUCACCAGGAUUAAAAUCACCUUCAGUUUGAUCCUCAGUAGAUCUUCUGUUGGUCCAUAUCAGGUGCCACAGCCUUCAUGUCGUCCCUUCUCUGACUUCGUCUGGUCGUACUGAUCUGAUCCUUAUCAAAGUCCCUCAGGUCUUUACUUCUUCUUUUAACCCUUUAAUGGUCCGCUUAACCUUUGGGUUGAGUUUACUUUUAGUCUAAAUACUAAAAUAAGCUGUAUUUAAAUACGGUAAAAACACACGCUGGAACCAGAACUGGGAUCUCGAAUACAUCGUAUCGAAUCUCAGCUCUGCCUGCCGGCUAACAUGAACAACGAUUGGCCUGUUGUUCAUAUAUGGGCGGGACUAAGCCGGAUGGGGUCUCCCUCUCUCCCAUGACUGGUGCAAUUACGACUCUGCUGGCUGAUUGGUGGCGCCUGCACAGAGAUGAGAAAAGAGUUCUCUCAGGGUGUGUCUCUCCAUACACAACACUGAGCUGCACUGCACUCGUCAAAGUGUAGGUGAUAGGAUGCAUACGGCUGCUGCCCACGUGUCGGAGGGGGCGUGGGUUAGCUUCGUUCUCCUCAAUCAGAGCGGGGAUCGACAUUGGUGGAGAGGAAGCGUGACGCAAUCGGGCAAUUGGACGCGCUAAAAAGGGAGAAAAUGCGUAAAGAAAAUUACUAAAUAAAUAAUAAUAAAUACACACAAAAUAACAUUCACUUAAAUAAGUAGGAAACAAAAGAUUCUUAUUUUUUAAUUUUAAUUAAAUAAUUAAAUAAAAAUGUCUCUCUAAUGAACAUUAAAACCCUGCGGAUUCUCUGUGGGAUUAAACUUCUGUAUUUAUUCAUCGAGCCAGAAAAAUCAGUUCCAUCAAACAUAAACUUCCAUUUAGUGUUUUAGUUUAAUGCUGAAUAAUCCAGUUCAUUCUGAUCCAUUUUAAUUCAGGCUCACUUCAAAAUGUAAACGCUUGAAUGCAGUGACUUGAAUUUUGGAUUUUUUGAUGUUUUAUAACCACGUUUCCUUCACACUGAAUUUAAAUAUUAUUAUAAAUACUGGAGAUUAUUUUCUGCUUUAGAUUCUGGUGUCUCAUCAUCACCGAGUCUCAUCAUGUUACAACCUGUACAGAUUUUACAUAAAUUACUUUCUUUGUUUCUAUCGGUGGUUAAAUGCUGGUUUAUUUUAUUUUAUUUCUUUUUAUUCUGUUUCAUAUUUUUUAGACUUGGAAACAUGUUCUCGUGCCAAUCUUCAGACUUUACAGUGUAAAUAUGAAUCGAAAGAAAAGACUCUCUAUAUGUAAUUAAAAGAUAAAAAGUUAUUUUAUGUAUUUAAAGAGACGGUGUGUAACGACAGUGUUGCUUUUUACUUUAUUCUUGUGGAUUUUACUUGGCGCUCGUGGCCUUUAUUUCAUUUAGAGUCACAAUCAGAAGCUCAGAAUUUAAAAAUAAAAUCUAACCUGGAAUAUUUAAAUAAUUAAACUUAUUUUAAAGCCUCCUGUGGAAAAUAAAAGCUUUUAUGUUGAUUUUAAUUUGGUUAAAAUGAUCAUUUUAUAAACCUCACACGGCUGAUAAAGGUAAAAUGAGCAGCGCUGGAUCGGAUCAGAUUCAGAUUUCACUAGAACUGCUGGUUUUAUUGAGUUUUUUUAUUUCUGUAUUAAGGUGUUUUCUUGUUUCUCUCGGUCAUUGUGGCCUCAGGUGCAAAUUGACGUUCAGUCCGUGUAGAUAUUGUACAGCUCUGAGUGUGUCAUUACAAUGAUGUCAAAGGCCAGUUAAGAUUAAAAAAAGAGGUGAAUUUUUAUUCUAAUAAAUUUUAGAAAAUGA